UAGAGGGAGCCUGAGCCCGCCUGACUCCUCCGGCGUCAAUGGUCCGGGGCUGGGUUUCGGGGCUGGUUUCUUUCUCUCUCCUCCUACCCGGCCCUGUUCGCUUCCUUCCCCCGCGACCGCGCUCGGAGCAGGCAGGAAGGGAGGCGGCGGGAUGGGGCCGCUGCCCGCAGGGAUGCGUUAGUGCCCGGACACCCCAGCCUGGGCCCCGCCGGGACGCGGUAAAGCCAAGACACCCGAGCAUCUCUGCAAUGGCCUCAGGGAAUGAUGGUGACCCGCUGAGGGACUGGGGGCGGAGGGGAAGCAACAGGCAGAGGCCGUCACAGGAGCUCAACUCAGAGGACCAGGUGGCUGAGGAGACGGAGGAGGUGUUCCGGAGCUAUGCCUACUACCGCUACGAGCAGGAGAGAGAGGAGCGAGGGGAAGAGGUGCCCGUGGACCAGGAGAUCAUGGACAUCGAGGAGGAGCUGGGCAGCAUCGGGAGCCAGGUGGGACAGCGCUUGGCCAUCAUAGGCGACGACAUCAACAAGCGGUACGACGCGGAGUUCCGCUGCCUGCUGAAGUCCCUGCAGCCCACCAAGGAGAACGCCUACGAGUGCUUCACCCGAAUAGCCUCCAGCUUGUUCGAGAGCGGCAUUAACUGGGGCCGGGUGAUCGCGCUGCUGGGCUUUGGCUACCGCAUGGCCAUCCACGUCUACCAGCAAGGCAGGACCGGCUUCCUGCGCUGGAUCGCCCGCUGCGUCGUGGAGUUCAUGCUCCGGAACCGCAUCGCCCGGUGGAUCGCCCAGCAGGGAGGAUGGGCGGCUGCACUCGAUCUGGACAACGUUUACAUGAAGUACAUGCUGGUGGUGGUGGCCCUGGUCAUGGUGGGACAUUUAGUGGUACGACGCUUCUUCAAGCCCUAACCGAGGUGGUGGCAGAGGCUGGGGGGGGGGUCUGGCCAAGCUCUCUCAAAUCUCUGCUCUUCAUUGAUCUUCCUCAAGAGAGGGGGGAUUUGAGGAACCUCCAAGAGAGAGCAGCUUGGACCUGAGACCCACCACAGGGCCCAGGGUCUCUGCCAUCCAUGCAGACACCACCAGGAACUAUGGAGAGAAGCGGAGGGAGGGAGGGAGGGAAGGUUCAACUCUGUUGCCUGUUGCGUGCCUCACUCAGCUGCUGUGGACAGAGCAUCGCUGCUGCGCUCCCCGCGUGGGGCAGGGAGGCAGAGCCGGCUCCUCUGGAGACAGGAGUGUGGAGGAGCAAAGGUGUUGUGGGGAUGCCCACACGUGGGCCCCGUCUGCUCCUUGGGGCAGGCGUGGAGCUCCCCGUUUGCUGAUGGCUCUCCUCAAGCCCAUGCCUUUGAAGAGGGGUUGCAGCCUUGGGUGCUGCAGUUGCUGUCUGUAGAGGCACCGGAGGGGCAAGCCAGCAUGAGCACAUGUGGGGCUUGCUUUCGUCUUCCCUCUGUUCCUGAGCCCAACUACUUGAGCCUUCCCUUUCAACAAGCAUCCCUACCCCUUUUAAAGGACCGCACUGCCUGCUCUGACAAUCCACGGCAGCGCUGGCGGGCAGGAUUCCCCUUCCAACGCCUGACCCUGGAGACCUGCUGCUCUCCCAUGGCUGAUGUGGGUGCUGGGUGCUCAGAGCUGGGGAGCACCAGCAGGUUUCCAAACACUAAAGGCCUUGGGGCGGCUGAUGGUUGGUGCGGGCAGGCUGCCUGCCCUCCCUGCCCUUCUGCUUCCACUCAGUAGCUUCAGAUGCUGGCAGAUGAGCAGCCCAACUGUGACCAUUUGGUCUCCCUUGUUCCCAAUGGGAGCCCUGGAGUUGUAUCUCCCCCUACAGCAGCUCUUUGCCUCCUGAGCUCAGCUGGGCAGGAUGGUGCAGACGUGCUGCGGUUGAGCCCAGGGCUGUGGUGCUUUAGAGCUGCUUCUUCUGGGCACAGCAUCUUUGGGAAGUGCCUUGACCUUGUUCUGUUCAUGACUAAUGGUUAAACAUGACUUUGGGGGAGUGGGGCAGGAGCAGGACCCACUCUCGCACCUCAAACCUUUCUGACUUUUACAAACUAUGGAGAGUACCUCAGCAUGGUUUAGCUCUGUUCUUUUUACCAGGUGACUCUAAGGCUUGAAACUGUGAUGGCCCCUUCUGAGCCAAACUCACCCCUCCAUCUCCUAGAGCGAGUCAGCAGCUGGGGAGGGAGACGGAGGGACUGGAGCUAGGAGGUGAGCAGUGGUCCCGUACCCAGGCUCCUCUCCCAGUGCAGUCAGAGCCCCAGAGACUGGGCACACCGAGAGAGCCCAAGGGGGUCAGAUCUUGAGAGCGGCCCAUCUGCCACAUAGGAAAGGCACUCCUGGCAGACAGCUGCCUAACCUGCUCCUAACCCCCCCUGCAUUGCCUCCCCACCACUUCCUACCUUAACCUUUAGGUGAGGUUUCCCCUCCACGCCUUGCUGCAGUUGAAGCUUGUUACUACACAUCCUGUCCAAGCACAGAGACAGGGCCCCUUGCAUCCCUUCUUGCUGCUGCAGAGCCUUAGCAGAACCAGCCAUAACAUUAUAACACUUACAUCCCUCGUGUUCCUGCCUCCCUUCACAGAACAGGGAACUUCUGAGCCUGUUUCCAUAUCAGGGUCUUUCUGUGCUUGUCAUUUUGACCCUGUUUCUGCAUUAUCCCUUUCCCUGGGCUGUGCUUCAUAGAAAGGCAUUAAAAUACUUGCUAUAAUA